GAGAAAGGCGGCCGCUGAUGGGGGAGACACAAACACACACGCGCCGGAGGGUUGGCGGGACGCGACUUCGUGCUCUUUUUAAUACUCCGGUGUUUGGCCCGGUUGUGUGUUGGUGAGGCCAGACGGGGAAGAGAUUCCCCUUGGCAGGGCCUGCGACGAGUGAAGUAAUGUUUAUAAGCAAAAGAUGACCACGCCCUGUAGAGAAGCACUACUUUGCCUUUCUCAAUCCGCUAAGUUUUGCCAGGGAUUUGAGGGAGGUAUGUGCACUCCUUCAUUCCGCAUGUCUACUCAUAAGCUUGCUGUAGUUCUAAGCCUGCAGGAGACACUCAGAAAUGACUCACUGGUUUCAUCGAAACCCUUUAAAGGCUACAGCUCCUGUCUCAUUCAAUUACUAUGGGGUAGCCACCACUCCAGCUGCAACAAAGAUUUGCAAUGAUCUAAGAUUAUCACGAAGCCGACUCUUGGAGCUUUUUACAGAUCUUAGUUGUAAUCCAGAUAUGAUGAAAAACGCAACUGAUUCCUAUUUUUCACUCUUGAAAGGCUUUAUAGUUUCAUUGGAUGACUCUUCACAGGACAGCAAGCUGAGAUAUAUUCAGAAUUUUAAGUGGACAGACACCUUGCAAGGACAAGUACCAAGUGCCCAACAAGAUGCUGUGUUUGAAUUAAUUUCCAUGGGAUUUAAUGUGGCUUUGUGGUACACAAAAUAUGCAUCGAGGUUGGCAGGAAAAGAAGACAUAACCGAAGAUGAAGCAAAAGAUGUCCACAGGAGUAUGAAAAUAGCAGCUGGGAUUUUCAAACACUUAAAGGAAAGCCACAUCCCUAAGCUGAUCACUCCUGUAGAAAAGGGAAGAGAUUUAGAAGCUCGACUGAUAGAUUCCUACGUUAUCCAGUGCCAAGCUGAAGCACAAGAAGUGACUAUUGCCCGAGCUAUUGAACUGAAACACAAUCCUGGUCUAAUAGCUGCUCUGGCCUAUGAAACAGCUAAUUUCUAUCAAAGAGCAGAUCAAAUGUUAUCCAGCCUGGACCCAGCAUAUACAACCAAGUGGCGAAAAUACCUUCAGCUGAAGUCAUGUUUCUAUAUGGCCUAUGCCUACUGCUACCAUGGUCAAACACUCCUGGCCGGUGAUAAAUGUGGAGAAGCCAUUAGGUCUUUGCAGGAAUCAGAAAAAUUUUUUGCCAAGGCUGAAGCUUUGUGCAAAGAAUACGGUGAAACCAAAGGUCCUGGAACUACAGCUAAGCCUUCUGGCCACCUCUUCUUUCGGAAACUGGGAAGUCUGGUGAAAAAUACCUUAGAAAAAUGCCAGCGAGAGAAUGGAUUCAUUUACUUCCAGAAGAUUCCCCCAGAGGCUCCCCAGCUGGAGCUGAAGGCAAACUAUGGUCUGGUUGAGCCAAUUGCUUUUGAGUUCCCUGCUUUGCAUGCACACUGGACUUCAGAAGCCCUUUCUGCGUUUGAUCUCACCAAAAGGCCAAAGGAGGACAGUGCUAAACCAAAACCAGAGGAGGAAGUGAAACCUGUGAAAGAACCAGAUAUAAAACCUCAAAAAGACACUGGGUGCCAGAUCUCUUAAAUGCUUUGAAAUAGCCCUUGUGAGCUGCAUUUUGUGAACUCUGGGUUUUUUAUCAUCUACCUUGUUUUCUGGACUUUCUCAUCCUACAAAGGAAUUCACUGCUUUUCGAGUUUUUAUAGAUACUUUUCUUUUAAGCUCUCUUUUAGAAGAAUUAAGCGAUUAAAAUUGGAAUUGUCAUAAAUGUACCCUUCUCAGCAUAGAAAGUUUAGAUGAAUUUGCACUGGAAGGUGGAAUAAAUGAUAGUGAAUACAAGAGAUGAAACAGAAGCAGGUGAGUCUUGGGAGAGGCAGUAUUUUGCGAAGGAGGAAGACUGAACAGGAGGAAAUUUUGUAGAAGCUUUAAGGUGGCAUGUAAAAGAGCUGACUGAAAAUACAAAAGUCAAGGAACAUUUUUAAAAGGUAGGACAAAUCCAUAGUACUGAAUUUUAAGAGCAAGGAUGUUAAGUUGAGGCAAUGGAGACUUCUAGGGGAAUCAAAGUAAUAAUCUAUUUAAAGAAAUGGUAUGGAAAUAUAGUGCCUCACCUUGCUAAGGGAAUAGAACGUUUUAGCUCGUGUAAUUUUUACCCUGGCAGGAAUACAACUGAUGCCAUUUUGACACUUCAAAUACAGCAAGUGAAAUACACGUAAAAUAUGCUUUUGGAAGGUAUUUGACCUUGAAGUCCUUUGACAGAAACAAAAUGUCUUAUUUUGGUCAUGCUUGGGGAAGAGAGAUUAGGAACAUAUGUUAAGCAAGAUUUAGCCUUUGCACCAAAAGGGCUAAACAGAAGCAAAACUUUUACAGAAGGACUAUGCAACACUUAAUUGAACGCAGAGCUGCCUUGGAUAAAUAUCAAGCUGCUCUGUUGUGUUAAAAAAAAAAUAUCUACCCACUUCAGAGUCUAGCAAAUAACACAUUAUGGGGAAGGCCUGAAGAUAAUGGCAGAUCUGUGUAGUAAAUAUGAAGAGGAUUCGUGUUAAGUAUUUGUGCCAACUGCUGUUAUCAGAAAUGGGGUAAAAUCAGUUUAAAAGGUUAUUGUAAGUGUAGAGAAAGGAUGAAGGAGAAACAAAAUUGUGGAGUUAUGGGAGUUGCAAUGAGAUAAGACUAAUAGAAUGGAAAAGCAGAAUCAAAAUGUGUCAUGGAAGAUGGGGAUGAUGUUUGUGGAAUAGAGUGGCUGUACUGAUUCCGUUCAGAAACCUGGGCUGCGUCUAGACACAUCAAAAAAGUGUUUCAGUUAAAUGACUUGUAAAUUUAAAUAGGGAAAACAGGUAGAGAAAAACAAGACUCCACAUUGCCAUCUGGUGGCACAGUGUUAUAUCGCAUAUACAACGCAUAUAAAUCGCCUUUUCGUUACCAACCUAGCUGAGUCCCUGGUUGUGGAUAACCAGCAGAUUUCAAAGAUCUAGAAUGGUGACCUGGGGGGGGGGGGAAAUGUUGACUCUUGAGAGCCAAGGCAAAAGAAUGUUGCUGUGUGUGAGCUACUUGGAUUACGCUAUGGGAAACUAGUAGAAUCUGGUUUGCAGAACAUUGCUUUGAAAGAAAAAUAUCCUGUAAUAACAACUACCGUUAACACAUGAUUGGAAAAAUUGCUGCUCCAGCCUACAAUUGAAUUUGUAUAUAUUUGUAUCAACAGUGUCCUCAGUAAAUUACUCUGGCUCGCUACCUGUAUUUGGGGAAAGUAAGGUUAUUUAAUGCAGUGUGGUAUCCGCUUGGAUGGACUCGCCAAAGCCUAAAAACACCUUUAAGAUGUGACAUGCUACUGGGCUCAUGCCCUCCUUGUGGGCUUCCCAUAUUCACUUGGUAAGGAUGGAACACUAGUCUGAAUGGACUUUUUUCUGGACCCAUCAGGGCUCCUUUUAUUAUUUGGGCCAGCCGUGCCAGUACAAGUCCAGAGCCUUCAUUUCCAUCAAAAUUUACAAUCAUCCAGUGGUUUAGGAUGUCUUCUUGCUGCCUUACACCACACUGGAUGAAAGAAUAGUGUUCUGAUGUAUGAAAACAUAUAUGAAUAUGCACUGAGAAGCUCAUGGUAUAUGUAAAAGACUGGGAGGAUGUCCAGCCAGGGAUUAGUAGGGAUCAGAUAAGCCUGAACGGCUUAACAAAUCUUUGGAAUGUAUUGUGCUAAGGAACUGUAGAUUAUGUUCUUAUUAGGGGUUCUGGUCAGUAACCUUAAAUUAACCAGUUUGUAAAAUGUAGUUAAUGAACAGUUAGGAGUUGGCAAACAACCUGCCCCCAGGCUUAGCAUAGAAAAUAAGUUUCAUAGCUCAGUCCUGGUUGUAUGUAUUCAGAGGUAAACAGUCAGUUAUUUCAGUGGAGCUUAACUCACAUAUAAGUGCUGCCUUUGCGUGCUUUCACUUACCAUCCAUACUUCUCAUGCUCUUAUUUAUUCCAUAACCUUCUUUUCCUCUCUGUUGCAUCAGGUGGGUCCCGUCCCCCGACCACAUGCCUGCAGGUUCAGCCAUCUGUAGUUCUCAACCAGCAGUGUAAGAAGUUUUGGCUGCAUGUUCUUAUUCUUGUUCAGCCCCUUAUCUUUGGUUGCUCUGAAGCUGCCACUAACUACUGCACAAAGCGCUUUGUGUGCUCAGGGUUGUGAUUCCCAGCCCAGUACUCCAGCUUGUAGUGGAUGCCCUUGUAUGUUACACACAUUAGUAUGUACACCACUUUUUCAUCUCUUGGGUUUUUCUUCCAACUCUGCUUCUUUCCUGCUGCCCUCGCUCCGUUUCUGACUGCACAUUCCCGACUGGUAAGAUCUUCCUGAAGCUAUUGGAGGAAUAGGUGUGACAUGACGGGUUAAAAGUCUUCAGUACACAAGCCAGUUUUAAAUUAAAUAGAAACGUGUGAUUCCAGUGGGCUUAUCGGCGCUUCCCUUUCUUUUGCUCUUUCCAGGCACAGCCCACACUUUAAGGCUCUGUGUCUGAGCAUCCUUUCUUGUGCCUCCAGGGUUUUCCCCUGUGAAAAUCUGUUCUUUAAAGCUCAGUCAGAGCAAACAGCAAUCCACAGAAAAUCUGAACUGAUGUUUUGGUGGGGCAAAAAGCUCCCAACAGCCAAUGCUUAGAUAUGGGGCUUUUAAGUGUAUUCCUGUGCCUGGAAAGAGCAGGACAAAAUGUAAGGUUGGCUAAACCCUCUGACUUGUUGGUGUGUUUGAUGGUGAAAAGGCACUGCUUCAAAUCUGUGGAAAUGUUAGCUGGCGCUGCAAGAUGCUUUGAAGAAUAUAGUGAUUUUUGUACUGGUCACUAAUGAGGCAGCAUGUUAGUGAGCGUAUUUGCAGAUUUGGGAUUCCAAAAUUAUCCUUGGCAGUAAAAAAACAUUCCGUUUAUUUUUAGAACAGCUGUGUUUAUGUAUUUAAGGUUUCCUAGUGUACAUGUUUGCACACUCUCAUACAAAAACACAUGCUGAAAGUUCCUGAUUGCUUUUUUGGAGUUGGGGAAACUUUACUCUUUACGUCUUGCCAUUACUGGAAUGCUGGUUGAGAUCUGUAUCAAGAGGGAAUUAACAGAUCUUCCUGGUCCCUUUCCCAAGCUUGGGUGGCCUUUGACUGCAUAUCAAGAAUGUGGUAUGAAUGGAAAUGAAUCAACAUGCUCUUGGAUUUCUGUUUGCCUUUUACCAUUAUUUUGACUCGGAUGUCAUGUAGUAUAUUUAAUUAUGUAUAUAAUUAAUGAAAACAGGGCAUGAUCUUUUUACACUCCAGUGUAUAUAGAUUUCUCUUUUGUAAUUGUGACAUUUUUCUCAUGAAGGAUAAGCUACUCAGUAUCAGUAUGCAUUCCCUACAUUUAAUACUUCUAAUUUGCCUCUUUGGUUUGCUCCCCUGCUUGCCAUAACAUUCUUAAGAGAAGCUGGUUGGGACUUUAUGGACGAAUGAAUUACUUAACAUGCAAGCUGGACAUUUUCAUAUUAUUUUCUGAAUGUUGGGCUGCUUUUCCUUAUGCACUCAUAAUUAAAAUGUAUCUGAUGGAAAAUGUAGCAAUUGAUUUUAAAACACUGCUCUGUAAAGCACCAUGUAUGUUGAUGGAGCUGUAGGAAUAAUAAAAUGCCUAGCAUGUUCAGAGUU